CUGCAUAACGUGACAAAAAAAGGACCAAUGAAACUCAUGAUGGACAACGACGAGUCACGUUUCAAUCCUCUGUUAAAACACUUUACACCAAAGCAUUAGGGGUAACAAAUGUUUCACACCCUGAAGUAUCCACCAGCUCUUCACACUUCGCGUUGUAAAUACAUAUAUAUCUAAUAUUCCCACGUCUUGCUGUUUCCGUUGUUAAAAUUGAGGAUGCGAAAACGAGUUGGUCAGAAUCAUUCUACCAAACUACCAGAUUGUUAUAUAAUCGGAUUGUUCUGCGCUGAUUCUGCAUGGCACUUUGGGGGGACCAUUUCGAAGAUUACUCACGCCAUCAACGCGUGGUUGUUUGGUCUUGGAAAGCGUUCUUAAAUCCCCUGAAUACCGGUUUGCUUCCCCCGGCUUCUGGCAGGACUGCGCCCUUUGUAUCUGAUCAGUCGCUAGUUGGCAGAUUCACAAGGAAGCUCGCUGCGGAACAUGAUGAGAAGUCACGCGAGAAAGAAGAGGCUGUAACUGAAGCAAUUGCAGCUCUUCAGAGUUUGUUACGGAGACCAGACUUUGGAGAACUUCAGAGACAAUGGAAACAAUACGAAAGGGCUUUGAAAAUUAAGUCUGAUCGUGAAAGCACGGGAUCAACUUGGACGAUUGCAAUGCUAGAACGCUACAUCCAACGCCAAGACAUCGCUUUUGUUCCGCCUGAGAUCAGACAUGAUUUAACAGAAGAAGCAUUGGAGAAGAUCUAUGAAAGGGUUGAUUUCGCGGUGAAAGCCGUAUGUGGUCCCGAUGGAAGUGUGAGAAACCUUAAUGAACUCUACAUUCAACCCAACAGCACCGAAUCCGACACAAGGAUGAUUCUCGACGCCAUCUUGCAGCCGCUUUGUGUGUUUAAGGGGCUGACACUCCGAUCUGAACAAACCAUAAAAUCCGACGCUCUUCCCACCAACAGCCUUAUUUACUAGUGGCGAGGAAACUUCGCUUGGUGGUGAGGUGACUUCGCUUGGUGGAUAGUUCAUUGGUGGCGAGACUCCCUGGUGGCGAGAUGACCGGUAACCGUUGGACUUUGUUGCUAUGCGCGCGCGAACAAGUGAACAAUCAUCAUCUAAGCUUAUCGAA